CAGUGAGUCCCCUGUCUGUAUGGAUCGCCCAGUUCGACGCCAGCCUUAGUAGCAUCAGGACAUAGACCAAGAAUCGUGUCAACAACAUGGCCAUCGCUCUGCUAGUGCUGGGCUGUUUGGCGUCGGCCCACGCGUGGGGUGGGCUGUUCAACCGGUUCAGCUCCGAUAUGCUGGCCAACCUGGGCUACGGGCGCGGGCCUUACCGCCACUACCCUUAUGGACAAGUGGAGCCAGAGGAGGUCUACGCCGAAGCGCUGGAGGGCAACCGCAUCGAUGACGUCAUUGAUGAGCCCGCCCACUGCUACAGCUCGCCCUGCGCCACCAAUGGCGACUGCUGCCGUGGACUUCUCUGCUUGGAUACCGAGGACGGGGGGCGCUGUCUACCCGCAUUCUCCGGCAGAAAGUUCGGCGAGAUGUGCAACAGAGACAACCAGUGCGACGCCGGCUUGGUCUGCGAGGAAGUGGUGCCAGGCGAGAUGCACGUCUGCCGCGCGCCGUCUCCGGGCCGCAAGCAAUACAACGAGGACUGCUCCGCCUCCAGCGAGUGUGACGUCACCCGCGGCCUGUGCUGCAUCAUGCAGCGCCGCCACCGCCAGAAGCCGAGGAAGAGUUGCGGAUACUUCAAGGAGCCCCUGGUUUGCAUCGGUCCCGUAGCCUUGGACCAAGUCCGCGACUCCCCCCAACACACCGCCGGUGAGAAGAGGGUUGGCCUCUUCCGUCUCCACUAAACACCGACUACCCCGUAAACUGAGCAGGCUUGAGCUAAGUUUAAUUUAAGUUUAAUGAAGUUUUUUUAAUGUAAUGGGUUGGAGUUAAUGGGGGAGAGGAAGGAAAUAACAGGCGACGAUUGAGCCAGCUGGAUACUAAUUCCAAAAUAUUCAAAUUAAUUUUAUUUUAAGUUUAAGGAAACAUUUUUUAUGUGAAAUUAAUUUGAGAGUUGAGAUAUUUUUUUGUCAUUUUAUUUUUAUUUUUUUGUAUGUAAAUUUUUUAUUAAAUUAAUUGAGAGAUACUUGUGUUUAUUUACUUCUUUUUGUAUUGUAAAUUAUCUCAAUCUUGCUUAGUUUACGUGUUUAAGAAAACUGUUUUAUUGAUAGAAAAUUGUACCUAAUUUGAUCACGUACGAAUUUUUAUCAAUGAAAAUAAAAGGAAAAAAUGUUAAAAGAUAUAAAUUACUGACAACGUCGUUAUUUGCUUGAAGUUACAAUUAUUAUAACGGGCUUUUAACAUUUUUUCUUAUUGUUUGAUUUAAUGCUUCUUGAAUCAAAGAUAAAACUUUAUCACGUGUGUUUAAGAUUUAUAUUUGAAUGAAAAAUAAGGAAUGUCAAAAAAUCUUGAGAGAAUUUGAGAGUUUCAAAAAGCAUUGAAUCAAAAAUAAAAAAGCGAAAAAAAUACAAUGGUCAUUUGCUUUCGAAAACGGUCAACCGAUUAGCAAAUUUUUUUUUAUAAGGAAAG